AUGGAAUUCAGUGGACUCUAUGGACACAAAUCGAGGACCUCGAUUUUGCAGAUGACCUGGCUCUCCUGUCCCACCCACCCUCAGCAGCAGAUGCAAGAGAAGAUCAACGAUGUGGCGACCACCUCUGCACAACUUGGACUGAACAUCUACAGGGGGAAGAUAAAGGUCCUGAAAGUGAAUGCGGACAACACUCACCCCAUCAAGUUGGAAGAGCAGGUCCUGGAAGAAGUAGAAGCCUUCACCUACUUGGGCAGUGUCGAUGCCGAUCGAUACUUUAAGAGCAAGAAUCGGCAAGGCAAGAGCAGUGUUUGUGCAACUAAAGAACAUCUGGAGUUCAAAGGAACUGUCCCUGAAGACCAAAAUUCGACUGUUCAACACCAACGUCAG